GCGCAACAUGGCUGCGGCCGCCUCGGCCUCUCAGGACGAGCUCAAAGAAUAGAUUCUUUAUACAAUUGCAUAUGUACGUGUGGAUGAACAAAUUCCAUUGGUGGUCCAGAGGAUUUUGGUCAAGGCUGGAUAAACCAUGUCUCGCAUUGACUGUAGAGAUCAGCUUGAGAGGGUCUUCUUACGACUUGGCCAUGCAGAAACAGAUGAGCAAUUACAGAGUAUUAUUUCAAAAUUCCUCCCUCCUGUUCUGCUCAAGUUAUCUAGUACUCAGGAAGGAGUACGCAAAAAGGUCAUGGAGCUGUUGGUUCACCUGAAUAAGCGGAUAAAAAGCCGUCCAAAAAUACAGCUUCCAGUCGAGACUCUCCUGGUUCAGUACCAGGAUCCUGCCGCAGUUUCCUUUGUCACGAAUUUUACUAUAAUUUAUGUUAAGAUGGGCUAUCCUCGUUUACCGGUGGAAAAACAAUGUGAACUAGCCCCUACGCUUCUUACUGCAAUGGAGGGAAAGCCUCAGCCCCAGCAGGAUAGCCUAAUGCAUCUUCUAAUACCAACCCUUUUUCACAUGAAAUACCCUGUUGAACCAUCAAAAGCAGCUACUCCAUUUAAUCUUGCUGAGAAACCAAAGACUGUACAGCUGCUUUUGGACUUCAUGUUAGAUGUCCUUCUGAUGCCUUAUGGUUAUGUGUUGAAUGAAUCCCAGACUCGCCAAAACACGCCCUCAACGCAAGGCUCUGCUUCUACUAGUGCUGUGGGGAUCCCUCAGCCUCCUCCGGGGAUGAGCCUUUAUGCGGCGAAGCGGGUUAUUGGAGAUAGUCCGUGGACACCGGAACAGCUGGAGCAGUGCAAAUUGGGCAUAGUGAAAUUUAUAGAAGCCGAGCAGGUGCCCGAACUCGAAGCUGUCAUACACCUAGUGAUCGCCUCCAGUGAUACGCGACACAGCGUGGCCACGGCUGCCGACCUGGAGCUGAAGAGCAAACAGAGCGUGAUCGACUGGAAUAAUCCUGCAAUCAUUAACAAGAUGUACAAAGUGUACCUUGGGGAUAUACCACUAAAGACUAAGGAGGGAGCUAUUCUGAAACCAGAACUGAAACGGGAUCCAGUCAGCACCCGGGUUAAAUUAAAGAUUGUUCCUCAUCUUCUGCGUUCUAGACAAGCGGCAGAAACCUUUCCGGCUAACAUUCAGGUGGUGUACGACGGACUCUUUGGUGUAAAUACAAAUGCAAAAUUGAGAACACUCUCCUUGCAGUUUGUGCACCACAUCUGUAUAGUAUGUCCAGAAGUUAAGAUUAAGCCACUCGGGCCAAUGCUUUUAAAUGGCCUCACAAAGCUGAUUAAUGAAUAUAAAGAGGACCCUAAACUACUGUCGAUGGCAUAUUCUGCUGUUGGAAAGCUUUCCAGCCGAAUGCCUCAUUUGUUUACCAAGGACAUAGCUCUUGUACAGCAGUUUUUUGAUGCUUUAUGUAAGGAAGAGCCCGACACUCGACUAGCUAUUCAGGAAGCCUUGUCUAUGAUGGUCGGUGCUUAUAGUUCUUUGGAAGGAGCACAGCGAACUUUAAUGGAGGCUCUGGUGGCUUCCAAGUUAAUAAAGCCCGAAGUCCAAGUUCGCCAGGUGGCUGUGAAGUUUGCCAGCACGGUGUUUCCCCCUGAUCACAUACCUUCCAGAUACUUGCUCUUACUAGCUGCAGGAGACCCACGCGAAGAAGUUCACGGAGAAGCACAGCGUGUACUGAGAACGCUUCCCGGAAAAAACGAAAAGGAGAGUGCCUCUAAGCAGAUGCCCUCCUUCCCAGAAAUGGUGCAAUAUAUCCAAGAGAAGGCUUCUCAUCGGAUGAAAACUCCUGCUAAAUAUAUGACCGGAACUGCAGUUCUUCCAUUCAAUCCAGCUACGUUUGGAGAGAUAGUCCUGUACUUGCGAAUGUGUCUCGCUCACAGCGCGGGAGUAAUUCCCACAUCCCAGAGCCUGCAAGAUAUGCAAGAUAAUGCCCCGGCUAUCGGACGUUACAUUCGAAACUUAAUGUCUGUCAACCUCAUAACGUCGACUUCCACCUCUUCCGCUAAGGGCGGGGAAACCAACCCAGUACAGAUUUACAUCGCCUUACUGCAACAGCUGUUGGCCGGCGUGGGAGGUUUGCCUGUCAUGUACUGCCUUUUGGAGGCUGUUUCGGUCUAUCCGGAAAAACUAGCUAUCAAAUUCAUCGAUAAAACAGAUUGGAUAAAGGGCCUGAUGAACACCAACAAGGAAGAGAUGCGUGAACUGGCAGCCUUGUUUUAUUCUGUGAUAGUAUCUACGAUGUCCGGAAACGAAUUGAAGUCCACCAUACAGAACCUUAUAAAGUCUACAAAGGACAAUCAUAGCCUGGAGAUACAGCAUGGAUCUCUGCUAGCUUUGGGAUUCACAGUGGGACGAUAUUUGGCAAAAAAGAAAACCAGAAUGGUGGAGCCCCAAAAUGUAGAAGAGGCGAAUGCUGCUUUUCUGCCCGACCAAGAACAGCUCAUCCAGAGUACCACAGAAACAAUAGGUUCAUUUUUGGAUAGUUCUACUCCUCUCCUGGUAGUUGCUGCCUGUACAGCCCUUGGUGAAAUUGGGCGGAACGGCCCUCUUCCAAUCCCCGACGAAGGCUCCGGUUUUACCAAACUGCACCUUGUGGAAAGUUUACUGACCAGAAUCCCCUCUAGCAAGGAAACAAAUAAGAUGAAAGAACGAGCCAUUCAGACCCUGGGUUACUUUCCAGUUGGAGAUGGAGAUUUUCCCCAUCAGAAGCUCCUUUUACAAGGACUGAUGGAUUCAGUGGAGGCAAAGCAAUUAGAACUCCAGUUCACGGUUGGCGAAGCCCUAACGAAUGCCGCGAUAGGAACCAGUUCAGUGGCAGCCCGAGAUGCCUGGCUGGUGACUGAAGAAGAGUAUACUCCUACCGAAUCGAAAGUAAAUGAUGUGGUACCGUGGGUUUUGGACAUCAUUUUAAAUAAGUACAUCAUCAGCCCCAACCCGCAUGUGAGACAGGCUGCUUGCAUCUGGCUCCUUUCUCUGGUGAAGAAGCUGAGUUCCCAUAAAGAGAUCAAGUCUCAUCUUAAGGAGAUUCAAGGAGCAUUUGUUUCUAUUCUGUCCGAUAACGAUGAACUUAGUCAAGAUGUUGCCUCAAAAGGCCUUGGAUUGGUAUACGAACUAGGUAAUGAACAAGAUCAACAGGAACUGGUGUCCACCCUCGUGGAAACACUUAUGACUGGAAAAAGAGCCAAGCAUGAAGUUUCUGGAGAGACUGUGGUCUUUCAGGGAGUAUCCCUUGGCAAAACACCAGAUGGCCAAGGACUCUCAACUUACAAGGAGCUGUGUUCCCUGGCAAGUGAUCUCAGUCAGCCAGACUUGGUCUACAAAUUCAUGAACCUGGCCAACCAUCAUGCCAUGUGGAAUUCUCGGAAGGGGGCAGCUUUUGGUUUUAAUGUGAUUGCUACCAAAGCCGGAGAACAGCUGGCCCCGUUUCUGCCUCAGUUGAUUCCUCGCCUUUACCGCUAUCAAUUUGAUCCCAAUCUCAGCAUCCGGCAAGCAAUGACCAGCAUUUGGAAUGCGCUGGUCACUGAUAAAUCUGCGGUGGACAAAUAUCUGAAAGAGAUUCUUCAAGACCUACUUAAUAACCUGACUAGCAACAUGUGGAGGAUUCGGGAGUCAAGCUGUUUAGCUUUGAAUGAUUUACUGAGGGGAAGACCGAUAGAUGACAUUAUCGACAAACUUCCGGAAAUAUGGGAAACCCUCUUCAGAGUGCAAGAUGAUAUUAAGGAAUCUGUACGAAAAGCGGCAGAAUUAGCACUGAAAACUUUAAGCAAGGUGUGUGUGAAAAUGUGCGACCCCUCCAAAGGAGCAGUUGGCCAGAAAACCAUUGCCGUCCUCCUUCCUUGCCUUCUGGACAAAGGAAUGAUGAGCACUGUGGCUGAAGUUCGGGCUCUCAGCAUCAAUACCCUUGUGAAGAUCAGCAAAAGUGCCGGAGCAAUGUUGAAGCCGCAUGCGCCGAAACUGAUUCCAGCUUUAUUGGAAUCACUGAGUGUCCUAGAGCCCCAGGUUCUCAAUUACCUGAGCCUCCGGGCAACAGACCAGGAAAAGACUGCAAUGGAUAGUGCUCGGCUCAGUGCUGCUAAAUCAUCUCCCAUGAUGGAAACAAUUAACAUGUGUCUGCAAUAUCUAGAUGUGUCUGUCCUGGGUGAGCUGGUUCCUAGAUUAUGUGAACUGAUCAAGAGUGGAGUAGGUCUUGGAACUAAGGGAGGAUGUGCUAGUGUAAUUGUGUCACUAACCACUCAGUGUCCCCAGGAUUUAACACCAUAUUCAGGUAAACUCAUGAGUGCUCUGCUCAGUGGACUGACCGACAGGAACAGUGUGGUGCAAAAAUCCUUUGCAUUUGCUCUGGGACACUUAGUGAGGACCUCCCGAGACAGUAGCGUCGAGAAACUGCUGCAGAAGCUUAAUAACUGGUACAUGGAGAAGGAAGAACAAAUCUAUAGGACAUCUUGUGCUCUGACCGUCCAUGCCAUUGGGCGCUACAGUCCUGAUGUCCUGAAGAACCAUGCCAAUGAAGUCUUGCCCUUGGCCUUCCUGGGCAUGCACGAGAUUUCCGACGAGGAGAAAGGAGAGAAAGAUGAUUCCGGUUUAUGGACGGAAGUUUGGCAGGAAAACGUACCUGGUACUUUUGGUGGUAUUAGGUUGUACAUGCAGGAAUUGAUUUCCAUUACCCAGAGGGCCCUGCAGUCUCCAUCUUGGAAAAUGAAGGCCCAGGGAGCAGCUGCCAUGGCGUCUAUUGCCAAACAGACCAGUUCCUUGGUACCUCCGUAUCUAGGAAUGAUACUGGCUGCUCUGCUGCAGGGCCUGGCUGGAAGAACGUGGACGGGAAAGGAAGAACUGUUGAAAGCCAUCGCUUGUGUCGUGUCAGCCUGCAGUGCCGAACUGGAAAAGUCGGUGCCUGAUCAACCCAGCGUAAAUGAGAUCGUCCAGUCUGUGCUGAAAGAGUGUCGCAAAGAAAACGUCAAGUACAAAAUAGUAGCCAUCAACUGUAUGGCCGAUAUCCUGAAGGUGACGAAAGAAGAUAGAUUUCAAGAGUUGGCGGACAUCGUCUUCCCGAUCAUUAAAAAGCAUUCGCUAGAGAGCACCGGAACCCGUCCGUCGAAGAAGGAGGAGGAUGAAGGUGAAAAAGAAAAGGAGCUGCACACGGAAUCUCUGCUGUGUGCUUUCGAGAGUGUCGGGAAAGCCUGGCCCAGGACCGGUGACACCCAGCGCUGCUAUCAUCAGGAGCUGUGUAAGAUGAUGUGUGAACGGCUGAAACUCAGCACGUGGAAAAUUCAGCUGGGAGUGCUGCAGUCCAUGAACUCCUAUUUCCAAGGGUUAAUGCUCUUUGAGAAGGAAUACGCAGAUCCCAGGAUGUUGACUGAAAUACUGUUGGAGACUUGUUCAUCCAUCACGUAUUCUUUAGAGAACAAAAACUACACCUCCAUCCGAACGGAAGCUUUGGCUGUGGUAGAACUAGUGCUCAAAAAACUCAAAGAGUCUGAGCAGUGGGAAUGUUUGCCAGCUGAAAGCAGGAGUCUCCUCAUCGGCUCGUUAGCUACCAUGGAGACAGACAGCAGACCCGAGCUGCGGGAGAAAGCGGCGGCGUUGAAGAAGACACUUGAGAAUCCGAAAUGAAUCGGGGCAGAAAAAAAAGGAAAAAAAAAGAAACCAAUAACCAAGUGCCAUGUAAAACAAAACAAAAGGCGGUGUACUCUGAAAACCAAGUGGGGAAAAUGAAGAUUAAUCUGUAGCAUGCAUCAUUCCUUGGUCAAAAUAAAAUUAAAAAUGCCUUAAA